UUGGAUGGUGGGGGUGGGUGAAAAUUGGGUCGGCGGCGGCGACACUGCUAUCCUGUAGUUGAGCCAUCGACGGACAGGUGGCAGCAGCGAUGGUGCGGCCGGUGCGUCAGUGCCGGUCGGGCGGCACAACAUCAUCUGACUCGAUGGACAGCGGCCUGGCGGGCGAAGAUUCGCCGCCGCAGCAGGACGGCUCCGCACGCACCAUCCGGGUCGAACAGCCGCUCCAAGACCCGAAGCUGAAGCCUCGCCACCCGUGCUCCGUGUGCCACCAGCUGUUCGCCUUGCGCAGCACCUGGCACGAGCACAUGCGCUCCGCACACGGCAUCACCAAACCCUUCGACUGUGACGAGUGCGGCAAGCGCUACUCCAUGCUGGGCGCGCUCAACUACCACCGACUCACCACCCACCGCGGCGUGGUGCACGCCUGCAAGACGUGCGGCAAGCGCUUCAUGACCAAGCCGGGGCUGGUGCGCCACGCCAAGUCGCACUUCGGCGGCGUGUACGUGUGCGAGGACUGCGAGAAGACGUACCCGACGCGGGACAGCCUGCGCCGCCACCGCCAGCAAGUGCACAUGGGUGACAAGCCGCACGUGUGCCAGUUCUGCCAAGAGCGGUUCGGCGCCAGUCACAGCCUGAACCGUCACGUGAAGCGACGCCACCAGACGGGACCGGCCGCCGCCGCCGCCGAGCCGCCGGCCGCCUCCGAACACACCUGCCACCUCUGUCGCAAGCCGUUCGCCUCGGCCGAGGCUCUGCGCAAGCACGUGCAGAGCAUGCACCGGCACGCCCAGUACCAGUGUGAGACGUGCCUGAGGCGCUUCUACGACCUGAGCAACUUCAGCCGACAUCGCGACGCCAAGACGUGCACGCCGGCCGUCAGCGUCGACCUGCUGGAGGCGUCGACGCUAGCGGCCACGCCGGUGCCGCUGGUGCUGGAGCCGCAGCAGCCGGCGCCGCCCGCCCCCGAGCCGGUCGCACCCGCCGCCGAGAUCGAACUCAGCGCCGACGAGAACAGCGAGUUCGCAGCCGCCGCCGCCGACGACGAGUUCGCCGAGUUCGCGCGGCGCUACGCCGAGCCGGCGCCCGCCGGCGGCGGCGACCACGUGGAGCUUCAGCCGGUGGACGCGGUGGAGCUGCAGCCGUUGGUCACCAAUGGCCAGGACGUAUACGUCACGCUGUACCCGGCCGGCGAGAACAACGGCCACCGCUUCGUCUGCCUGCAGGACGGCGACAGCACGGUGUUUGCCGAGGCGCCCCUCGUCGCGGAGCACGUGCUCAACGUCAACUAG